AGCAUGAGAGAUCCAAUGAGAGCGCUUAAUUUGAGCGAGGUUUGUGCUAAAGAGCCAAUCAUCUGCGAGGAAAGUAAAGAUAAGAGCCAAUCAUUGUCGCGAUGUCCUUUGCAGCGCAUCAUAGAUUUAGACAGUAGAGUAGACUCAUAGUCUCACAGAGUCAUAGUCAUAGAUAGUCUCAUAGAUUCAUAGGCAUAUUCUGAUAUUCAUCGUGUACAGUGACAACAGCGAUCCGAACUUCCACCUACUGUUGAGCAAGGCGUGAGUCGUCACCCCUCUCGAAAUGAGCCGACGCAGACACACUAUAUCACAGGCCAUCUGCACUCUCUUAUCUAGUAACUCAUUUGGUGUUUCACGCCAGUGCUUGUUCGUUCGCUCAGAUAAAAACCAGAUUACAGUCGCGUUGUUUCUCAUGUCAUCUCACCAUCCGGUAAUCCCAGACGGACUGGUAUCCCCAGAAAAUCGGCCGGUAACCCCAGCCAACGACCAAGCUGCACCAAUGCAGCGUUUGACGCCUGAUAUGCAGGCUGCAGUGCAAGCUGCUGUACAGCAGUACCUGUUGGAGCAACAGACUCCCUCUUUCGCGACUCCGUCCCGAGUUGUUCGUGCUCCACCACUACCAGUGGAGCCUGAGUCUCAUGACCACAUCUGGUCUAUGGUUCCCAUCAUCGGACUUCCCAUUCCCGGGAAUCCGUCAUACUUCGGGUGUGUGCAACCUGACAAAGCGACGCUGCGCCUGGCGAUUGACACGCUCAGCAAGUCACCGCUCAAGAAAUAUGGGUCAAACUGGUAUGACUUCAUCAGGCAGGCAAUUUAUGCCAUCAAGAAUUCUGGCACGUCUCCGUUAGUGCUCCUGCCGGUAUCAACAACGGCUGAUUUUUUGGCUGCGUGCGGCGAUGAUGCGGUUCUGGUCAGCCUUCACACACUAUGGCACUGUAUCAUCACCCAACUUGCAGUAUCUGCCUACGGUGUUGAGACCGCUGAGACGGUGUACGCAUGCUUAGAGCUGGUCAGAGGACACUACGCUCCGGAUGCCUUCCUGGAGCGCUGGCUCAACAAGCAACGGAGCAGCAUACACGACACGCCUGCAGGUAGGAAUGAUUUGACCACCACCACGGUGAAUAGCAUCAGCGUGCAGGACAACAUCCAUAAUGUUGUGAAUACUACUACUACUCGAUCCGUGUAUAGCUAAAGCAUGUACUGAAAGCAUACAUUGAGGAGCGGAUAGUCUACAGCCCUUUUGUUCAGGGGAUUGAUAGGUAGUGGAAGAUGCAGACAUCCUUAGCCAAGCCAUCUGAUCAUUUGCGCUUCGAAGCAGG